AGUUUUUACAAACUUCUUCACUAUUGUGUUCAGUCUUUUCAUGUAAAAGACGUUUCGCAGGUUGGAUUUUGACAGUUCCUGCAAAUUUGACGGUUCAUCAUCGUCUCACGCCCAAAUGAGAUGAUCGCACGCAUAUCACGCCAGGGGAAUUUCAGGAAAAGUGUUAGAAUUUAAGAGAGGCAUUUCAUCAGCGUUCGCGCCUUGUCACUUCUUUGUUUAUUCAUGACUGCUAACUGAAUUUUCGCACUCCAACUUUAUCCUAAAGGGAUUGAAUUUUAUCACGUUUGCGCCUUUUGAUUUGGCGCGAUUUCUUUUUUUCGAGAUUUUUUUUUUUGCUCCAGAAGAUUAUGAUGGGAGAUGAAUUUCAGCAUGCGGCUGCAGCAACAGACACGACUGACUUUCUAAAGACAGAACCAGAAGAAAAUAAUUGCGUUUCUGAAGAUGGGAAUCUUAAUGGUGAAUCAACAGAUAAUAUCGUCGAUAAAUCAGCAGAUUCCCAAAAUAAAACGAAAUUUGAAUUAUGCGAGAUCAAGUCAAAUCUCGAGAAUUGUGAUGAAAACGGACAGUGUGAGUCACUCCAGAGGAAUGGACAUGGUCAUGGAAACAGCGAACAGUCAUACAGUUUACAGGAUUUUGGAACCCAUCAUGAUUUGCAUGGGAAUUUACAGAGGUAUUGUCCUCUGUCAUCUCUCCAAAACCAGCCUCAGCAACCGGCUAAUUUACCGCACUACCUGUUGAAUACUUGCACGGUAUCCAACUUCACUGGAAUUCCCACCCCGCCACCCGCCACUUCGCAUAGUCAACAACAGGUGAUUCAAAGGACGUCGCCUUUCAUAGAUGGGUUCCAGCACCUGUCGGAAACACACCAAACCCACCAGCAAAUAUCCGAAAUUGGUACCCCAUCAGGAAAUAGCAAUGCACUGAUCCACCAUCUCCAUGACACCAAUGAGAUUACAAGUCACGACACAACCGCAUCGGGCCGUUGCAGUGCAGAUGAAAAACCUUCAAUGCCGACCUAUGCAAGCCACGAUCCUAUUCACCAAAGGUUGCUACAACAGCAACAACAGUUGCAGGAAUUCGACAUGAAGAGAGAACUUGAACAAAACGAUGUCCAAGUACCACCAUUCUUUGUUGAAAACAAACCACCGACAUACCAGACGACCAAUGCCCCACCACCGCAGCAGCUAAUUGGCGCCUCUUUGGCUCCGCCAUCGUCCCAUAGCUUCAGUCACCUCCUAAAUGGCGCCUCACAGGACCAUGAGGACAAAAAUGAAAAGGGUGUCGUUCCGAACCAUGUCGUCAGCCAGCCAUACCCUCCACCAGCGGGUCACCAGCACGUCGAGGUCGCCAACGGGCCAGGGAAGGCGUCAGUUUACCUCUGCAACCGCGACCUGUGGCGGAAAUUCCAUCAGCAUAAGACGGAGAUGAUCAUCACAAAACAAGGAAGGCGCAUGUUUCCACAGCUCGUAUUCAAGCUUACCGGUCUCAAUCCUACCUCACAAUACAACGUCUUUGUUGAUAUGGUGUUGUGUGAUCCGAACCAGUGGAAGUUCCAGUGUGGUAAAUGGAUGCCGUGUGGACAGGCCGAGAACAUACCAAAAGUAAGCAACAUCUAUCUUCACCCUGAUUCGCCUAGUAAUGGACUGCAUUGGAUGCACCAGGACAUCGUAUUUAGUAAACUAAAACUGACCAAUCAUCGGGGAAAAGACAAUGGAUUUGUGAUUUUAAACUCAAUGCACAAAUAUCAGCCUCGGAUUCACGUCGUUGAGUUGAGUGAAAGUCGAUAUAUCCAGACUCAUAGUUUUCCUGAGACGCAGUUCUUUGGCGUGACAGCCUAUCAAAACACUGAUGUCACACAACUAAAAAUCGACUACAACCCAUUUGCGAAAGGCUUCAGGGAUAACUAUGACAACUUGUCACCACGAGACAUCAGUAUUCUUUCGAAUGGUCCUCGGUCAAAGAACGUGACAGUCAGUAGGAACUCCUGUCCUGCACCGGUAGUUAACGCAGCUAACAUCAACAUGGGACAGUAUCCUGCGGCACUCUCUCACCAGACUGCUCACUAUCAGCAUCCACACCACUACCAACACAACGCCCACUAUCGGCCAUCCCCGCAUCACCAACCCCACCACCCUCACCUUCGAUUCCCCACAUUCCAUCACCGACCAUCGCAGUUGGCACCAGUCGGCAGCAUCGGCCAAUCUCCAGCCGGAUGCGCCGGGCCGACGGGUGGGAAUUUCCGGCUUCCAAACCCCGAAGAGACCGCUUUCAAGCUUGUGGGAAAUGCCUCGAAUCUGAGUCGUCCCACCUUCGUCCCGAUCAGCCCACCGCACUCGUCGACAUCUUCCCCGAAGCCGUUUCCGAUUCCAGUGCCUACCUCGCUCGCUUCAAUUGUUGACCAGAACUCGCUCUGUGGGACGGAACACGAAAUGCAGCAGCAGCAGCAGCAUUGUGAUUCCCAGCUCCCUUCCCCUUGCGACUCAACCUCCGCUAAUGGAGACACCAAAACCAUUCAUUACCGCUCGUCUGCAGGAAUGAUUAAUCUUUCAAACCCUUGUGAUCCGUCGCCACAGGUAGACAUUCCUCAUUUACCCGACAUGCACACGCCAACUACUUGCCAAGAUACCCAGAAGUUGGUGGACAGGCAGGACAUGACAUGGCUGAAUACUCCACCUUCCUCGGAUUGUUCGCCCGAUUCCAAGUCCAACUCCAGCGACGGAGGGAGUCGGGCUGCGAAGCGACAGAAGAUGUCAGAUGAGCAGCUCUCGGAAGGUAUCUCUCCAAAGCUGACAGAUCUUGGAGACCAACAUAAUAGUCCUUCCUCUUGUGAGUUUACAUCUACCACAGAUCAAGGCUAUAUCAACCAAGAGGGCGCCAAACAGCACUACCCUCAGAGCAUCGUGCACACACAGCCGGGAGCACCCCAUCAAGCAUUUCAACCGUAUGGUAAUAUGUACUUUCCGGCGCAGAGUUUCUCUACAUUUCCUUCUCAGCCAUCGUGUAUGAGUGGAUACAGCAUUCCCCCAUCACCGUACAAUCACAUCAAUAACAUGCUGUGUCAUGGCCAGUCAUAUCCAAGUGCAUGACCAUGGAAAUGUAGUAGAACGUUUGGCGGAAUCCGUUGUUGCAUAAGUAUCAUGCCUCAGACAAAACCACAAACUGAGAAAGAGCUGGUUGAAUAUUAGUCAUUUAUGGUCACUACCAGAUAGUUUUAUUGUAGUUCUAACAUGCGCUAGAGCUACACUUCCCUAAAUAUUGACGUGAGUCAUGAAAGUUUAGCAAUGUAAGUUUCUCUUGCCUUUUGUGUUGAUAUGGAUGUGAACAUAUUAAUGACUGACCGUUUUGUGUUUCGUGUCCUACAAAUGAUGAUGUACUUUAUUAACGUCCUUACUGAUUUAUUCAGUUGAUAGUAAAUUCUGAUAGUGAAAUGGAGAGUCGUAGAAACAUUCCAAAUGAUUUGAAAUACUAUUGAUCAUGGAUCAUGAGACUGAUUUCAUUUCAAGGUCCAUUGAACAUGUUGAAUUAAACACAAUUUAAAAAAAAAAUAAAUUCUUUUUUUUUUAUUUACGAUGUGAGAUAAUUAAAAUGACAAUUAUACCAAGUGCAUUGUUCAGAUCAUUAUUGCUCUUCAAGAAGACAAGAUUCAUUCUCGUAUUCUGGCAAAAAAUUAUAUAUUUAAAUGUAGGACAAUUCCAUUAAUGAGUAUACAUAAUGUUUUAAAAUCUUAAAAUCAAAGCGUGGUUUAAAUAAGAGUUUAUGAAAUAAAUUCAUUCGACUUUUAAGAAUUGUUGAACGUAAAAUUUACCCAGAAUUUUUAAAAUAUGCGUUGCACCAAAGAGUGUCUGAAUGUAGAAGCGGUUGUCAAAGCAAAGUGACAGGUAUUUUUUUUAUCGAAACACCAGCAAUUCUAGACAUAAGUUUGUUGAAACACAAUGAAUGGUAAACAAUGUAUGGCUGUCGAAACAUCUAGAAUCCUCGACAUAAGGUUGUCGAAUUACAAAGAAUUCUAAAUGACAAGUUGUCGAAAUUCAAUGAAUUUUAGACAAAGGUUUGUUGGAAUAUAAUGAAAGGUAAAAACAAGGUUGUCGAAACAUCAAGAAUCCUCGACAUAAGGUUGUUGAAUUACAAAGAAUUCUAAAUAACAUGUUGUCGAAAUACAAUGAAUUUUAGACAAAGGUUUGUUGGAAUAUAAUGAAAGGUAAAAUCAAGGUGGUCGAAACACCAAGAAUUUUUAGAUAUAAGGUUGUUGAAGCACAGGAAAUUUUAAAUGAAUGUUGUUUAACAGUUGAUUUUAGACAUAAGGUUGUUGAAACGUAAUGAAAGGUAAAAUAAGGUUGUCGAAACAAAAAGAAUUCUAGACAUGCGGUUGUCGAAGCACAAGGAAUGCUGGAUAAAAGGUUGUCGUAACACACGCAAAUCUAGAAACAAAGAAUUUUAGACAUAAGGUUAUCAAAUCAGGUAUUACUCUACAUAUGAGGAUGUCAAAGCACAAGGAAUUCUAGACAUGAUAUUGUCGAAGUAGAAGUCUGUUUAUAUAUAAGAUUUUCGAAACAAAGAAUUAU